AUGAAGAGGCGACCUCCACCACCCACAACCUCGAUGACUAUCGCCUCCCCAGAACGAGCAACAACAACAGCAACAACAACCAACGACACCUCAUCAUCGCCCCCAAUCCAAAUGAAAGUCGCCCAUGGAAGAGCAAGAUCUAACUCUAGAAGCUCGGGAUCGCGCUCAGUUAUCGAUCUGGAGCAAGAGAACCUUAUGUUCCCACAGGAUCAACAACCUCCAGCCGUCGCUCCCAUCGUUGCCGUCCACCCAAGGAACCGGUACACUCAUAUCAUCGUCCUCAAAUCAUUGAAUGCUACCUUCGAGACUAAAUUCCUUGUGGUGCCCUUCAAACCAGAUAUCUUGAAGUUGGGGAGACCCGUGGCCAAUACCGGCGGCAAUGCAAAUGGAAAGGGCAAUAGUGCCGGAGGCGCAAGUUCUGUCGUUAGGUCAGAUAAUGGGAAUUUUGACUCAAGAGUCCUGUCGAGGAACCAUGCUUGUUUGUCGUGUGAUGCUGAGUCAGGGGAAAUCUUGAUCCACGAUUUGAAUUCAAGUAAUGGGACUUUUGUCAAUGGGAUUCGAAUCUCUAAUGACGAUGUCGAGUUGAAUAUUGGCGACGUCAUUGAUUUGGGAACAGAUAUUGAUAAUAAGUUUGAGCAUAGGAAGAUAAGCGCGUUUGUGGAAGAUAUAUCCGUCAUUCCAUUGAUUAAUACAGAAUCUACGACUUCUAACAGUGGUGGUAGUUCAAAUAACGUUAAUUUUUCACCAAAGAAUCCAGGACAAAGUUCUUCAGAGGUGCAAGAUAAUGCUCCCUUAACUGCAGGAAAUCAAAGUUUUAACGGUAAUGCGUCCAUGGGUGAAAUAAAUUUGGCAACUACGGCUCAAAGAGCUGCUUUUGAAGCGGCAAUGUUUGGUGACGUUAAUAAUUUGGAUUUGGAAGAUUCUGUACUGGGUGUGGAAACAGAAGUGUUGAGUGGCAUAUUCAUGAAUAAUUCAGUGGGGACAAGUUCAAAUCUAAUUAAUAUAAUAAAGACUUUAUCCACAGAGAUUUCAUUGGAGAGGAAAGAAUUGAAUAAACUGCAGUCAAUGACUAAUUUCCUUAUUAAUUACUCAACAAAUAUUGGCAAAAUCACACAGGGCAUGAAAGAUCUGCAUGAAAAGCAACUUAAUAAACUUCAAGGAUCGCUGAGAAAGACAUUAGCCGAAAAGCAUGAAAUUUUAUUGCAAGAUUGUAAAGACCAAAUUUCCAAGAUUGAAGCAGAGAAGAAUAAUUUGGAAGCCGCUCUGAAUAAGAAAAAAGAACAAAAUGAUGAACACAUAUCGAAAUUGAAGAUGCAAUUGAAUGAACUUAAAGCAAGUUUUGAAAACGAAAAGAGUAAAAACAUGGAAUUGUCCAAGAAUAUUUCUAUAAAGAAAGAUAAGAAAUAUAAGAAACUUGCAAGAGAUUCCUCUGGAGAAAAAGAAGCACCUGUAGAUAAAUCAACCAAUCCACCAAUCCUGAAAUUGAAUAAGACACAAAAGACGAUUGCCACAGCAACUGUUGCGGCCAUCAUUGCAAUUGUUAUCAAGUAUAAGAGCUGA